GGUAUUGGUAUGGCUACGGGAGCGGCAGCCAGCGGGUAUGUGACGCCCGCCGCUGUACCCUGGCUUAUAAGGGUAGCGCGUUCGAUUCCGAUUAAGGAUGUCGGCUUCGUGGCUUCGUCUACCUCGGGGUAUAUCCGGAGGCGCGCAAGCAAGUGCAGUGUCGCGUCAAGUUCCAGGACCUGGGCGUUUGACCAUAGAUGAACGUUCUACGGGUGAUGAACCCCAAGGCAGGCAUUCUCGUCGCGUUAAGAGGGGUCAUCAGAUUGCAAAGGCAUCCAUCGCCCGGCGUCGGUGCAUUACCUCAGCUCUGGCCUCAUUAUCUGAACCAGCGGACGUAUUCGGCUUCUUUCCGCAACGUCGCCGUCUCUCACGGUUUCCAGCCUCACCGUCACAUCAGCCUUUCCUUAUCCUCUUAAGGGUGCUAUGGGUUGUUUUGAGCAAGGCUAUCAUCGCCAGAGCGGGAGUAUCUGAUCUUUUAUUGUCCAUUGCCAAGUGGCAUUUCCCUACGACUAACUACCUACACAGGAACAGUCUGGUCUUAUCUCCACCGCAUCGCUUCUCCUUCUCCCACCCUCUGCGGGCAUACAUUUCUGCCUUGCCAACCACACUUUGCAGCAGACCAUACAAGGCACAUGCGCAGAGAUACAACACCGAACGGAUCCAUUCAACACAUCAAGGAGCAGGGUUGGAGUUGAAGGUCUUGGUCUUGAACUUGUACGGAGACGCGUUGGUGCAGUGGACGAAGCGUUCACAUUGCCCGGUUCGCUGAGGUCAUCAAAUCUUUUCGAGGAAAGUAGCAGCCUCACGCCGAACAGGGUGAGCAACUGCCCCUGCUGUGUGUGGAAAGACGCCCAAAAUAUUUGGGACUUCAAAACAGGGUCUGGAGGUGGAUGGCGAUUCACAAGAAAGUCGUUCGUUAGAGGUAUCUCUCUGCCUCUC